UUGGAGUUGGAUCCAUCUUCAUUUGUCACGGGUUCUCAUUUUCUCUUUUAUUAUCUUUUCGGAUUCCCGAUAAUAUCGUAGAAAAUACGUAAAGGAAAAUUGAAGUGUAACGUCCAUGAUAAUUUUCCCGGGAAAAUAGUGAGAAAGUGAAUAAAGAGAAAAGCUUCAAACUUCCAUCGCUGUCCACAAAAAAGCCAAAGUACAAAAUAUUCACUUCCCCUCAGUCUUUUUAAGUGAAAGCAAUCCUUUCCCGUUUCUUCUCUAAAAAAUUUCCUGGAAAUAAACGACAAGAUUCGAGUCUGUUCCUUUCCUUGGGAAAAUCUAGAAUGGCGAUUUCUUCAGCUCAGAUUUUCCGUAGCUCGAGACCACCCAAUGGUUUUUUCAGAGCUACUACGACUUCUUCUUCUUUUUCAAAUGCGCAAACCUUUCUGGCUUCUUUUGGGGUAGCUUCAAGGUUUCGAAGCUCUGUAGCUGGAAGUCAUCGCCGAUGGAAAUGCGAGUCUGGGUACGGUACUUAUGCUACCAAUACCCAGUUUCGGACUAUGGCGGUACUCAAAGAUGAACGAGAAGAGAGAACCGAGGAUGAUCAUCCCUUGAUCGAUGAUUCUGUGGCCACCUUUCAAAGCCAGGUUGAAGAUAAGCCUGCCGAAAUUCGGGAGCGUGAUUUUGCUGGAACUCCUUAUAUUCCUAUAUAUGUGAUGCUACCACUGGGUACAAUUGAUAUGAAUUCUGAGUUGGUUGAUCCAGAAGGUCUUGUUAAUCAGCUUAAAAUAUUAAAGUCCAUUAACGUGGAUGGUGUUAUGAUCGACUGCUGGUGGGGGAUUGUUGAGGCACAUUCUCCACAGGUUUAUAAUUGGAGUGGGUACAGAAAACUCUUCCAGAUUGUACGCGAUCUUCAUCUGAAAUUACAGGUUGUUAUGUCUUUUCAUGAAUGUGGAGGCAAUGUGGGAGAUGAUGUACAUAUUCCACUCCCUGGUUGGGUUACGGAAAUUGGCCUAAGCAAUCCUGACAUAUAUUUCACUGAUAGAGAGGGAAAACGCAAUACAGAAUGUCUUACAUGGGGCAUUGAUAAAGAACGAGUUUUGAAGGGCAGGACUGCAGUUGAGGUCUAUUUUGACUACAUGAGAAGCUUUAGGGUAGAAUUUGAUGAAUUUUUUGAGGAUGGUGUUAUCUCUGAGAUUGAAGUUGGACUAGGUCCAUGUGGGGAGUUACGGUAUCCUUCUUAUCCUGCAAAACAUGGUUGGAGAUAUCCUGGUAUUGGUGAAUUUCAGUGCUAUGAUAAGUACUUGAUGAAAAGUCUGACCAAAGCAGCCGAAGUGAGGGGGCACUCAAAUUGGGCGAGAGGACCAGAUAAUGCGGGUUCUUAUAAUUCCACACCACAUAAGACUGGAUUCUUCCGUGAUGGAGGUGAAUAUGACAGCUACUAUGGGAGAUUUUUCCUUAACUGGUACUCUCGGACAUUGAUUGAUCAUGGUGAUCGUGUACUUUCUCUAGCCAAUUUAGCUUUUGAAGGAACUUGCAUCGCUGCAAAGCUAUCAGGUAUACAUUGGUGGUACAAGACCGCCAGUCAUGCUGCUGAGUUGACUGCAGGGUUUUACAACCCUGCAAAUCGUGAUGGUUAUGCACCAAUUGCAACAAUGUUUAAGAAACAUGAGGCUGCUCUGAAUUUCACAUGUGUUGAACUCCGAACAUUGGAUCAGCAUGAAGACUUUCCAGAGGCAUUGGCAGACCCAGAAGGAUUAGUUUGGCAGGUCUUGAACGCUGCCUGGGAUGCUUGCAUUCCAGUUGCUAGUGAAAAUGCUCUUAAUUGCCAUGAUAGAGAUGGCUAUAACAAGAUAUUGGUAAAUGCCAAGCCUCUGAACGAUCCAGAUGGGAGGCAUUUGUCUGCCUUUACCUACCUCAGGCUCAGUCCUGCUCUCAUGGAGGCGCACAACUUUGCCGAGUUUGAACGAUUUAUUAAGCAAAUGCAUGGGGAAGCAGUUUCAGAUCUUCAAGUUGAUCUGGAAACGAUGCAUGCCGAUGUAAUGGAUGAGGAAGUUGCACCACAAGACUGAUUACAAGUGAAACCCAACUCAUCUCUUUUGAUGAACAACUCAUAUGAUAUUCACAUUUUUCUUCAACCAUUGUGGGAGACUACGUUAUUUAAUUACCAGAAAGCAAUUUCAUUAUUGCAAAGAAGAGACUAUUUGCUUAAAUGGUAAAAGCUGAUUGUAAUUCCGAUGAAUCAAUAACAUAAGCUUCAUCACACGUUUAUUUGUUUUCCUUUCCCCCUGCAUCUGUCUUACAAUUCAUCUAUUGGUAUUUAAUAUUCAAAGUGGCUUGAUCAUGUCAGGUUGGUCAGCACUUAAUUAGCAGCAGCAACCAGAGGAUGUAGCUCAUUAAUUUUGAUCUUUUUAUUGAUAUUCCGAAAAUUAAAUAAAUUGGAACGAAUUACCCAAUAGCCCAUUAAUUUUGUUCUUUUUAUGCUGGAUAGUGUUAAGAAUUAAAAUACCAGAAGUUGUAGGUGCUGGAUAUGAUGUUUCUAAUUAACCAUAUCUAACCACAAAAGAAUCAAAGAAAACAGGAAAAAGCCAUAUCUGAAACAACAAAGAUACUUAGCUCCAAAACGACAAUGAAACUUCAGCCCCUUAAACAAUUUUUUUUUUUUUUGUCGCACAAAAUACUAAAACGAUAUUGGAAUUGAAUUGUAACUCAAAUACAAUAUAAUGCUAUAACACAAUCGUUUUUUUUUUUUUUUGGAGUAACACAAUUACAUGCUACUACUUGCUUUAAUAUCUUCUGAAUACACAAGAGAAUUCCAAGAAGGAUUCCUCGGAAGAAAAGUGUCGGAGAUGUAAGUGCAAGUGGGGAUGAUAGUAAGGGAGCGGGAUUUGGCGUGAGUAAAGGCAGCAACACAGAGGUGAGAAGCCAGACCUAAGCCUCUCUUGGAAGAAGGGACAAAGGUGUGGAGCAAUUCCAUCACUACUUUGCCUUUACCUUUAUCUCUACCGUUGCCACCAUACUCCUCUGUCUCUCUCUCCACAUACUCUAAAUACGCCUUCUUAUCUUCCGUCUCGAACCUCCGUUGGGUCCCGUUCCACACAAUUUUUGGAACCUCCGCCGGAAUUUCUCUUCCUGCCAUCUCUCUCUCUCUCUCUCUCUCUCUCUCUCUCUCGUUUCUAUCAAGGUAGCUAUUUUUGAAU